GAGAGAAAGAGAGAGCGAGGGAGGAGCGAAGCUGCGCUGAAGCCGAGCCCCUCUAUGUCUCAGCACGCAGAGUGGAGCAGACGCCAACAGCCACACAAACACACUCCCCUCUCAGUUACAUGCACAGUCACACACAUACCACACACCACCACCACCGCCGCCGCCGCCGCCGCUGCCGCCGCCGCCACCACCACACACACAGUGACGGCUGCCAGGCGCAGUGGGAAGCAAGCCGUCAGGGAGAGAGCUUGAGAAGAAAGAGAGGGAUCGCAGAGGGGAAGAAAAGAGAAGAGAGUUGGAGGGGGCACCUUGUGGAUCAGAAGGGAUUUUCCUCAGUGAGUGCACGUCUGGAUAAGGCUAUCUGCUUCUUCCUCAGCAAGAGGAGUUUUUACCGAGGCUUUUUCUUUUUGCUCAUCCUCCACGCCAGGCUCCAGCGAUAUCUACCUAUCUAUCCCCGGAGCUUCACAAAAGAGGGAGGGAGUAAGAGAGAGUGUAAGAAAAAAGGCAGUCACAGCUUCAGCUCCAGACCACCCUCUCUCCUCCUCCUCCUCCUCCUCCUCCUCCUCCUUCUCCUCUCUCCCCAGCUCCACAUCCAUGUGUGAGUUCAUCGCUGAUUUCACUGUCUUUUGAGGAUAGAGCAGAGGACAGCGUGUGUUCUUCAGGAUACAGCCGGGCUCCCAGUGGGAUCAGGGUCUCGUCUGGUGUGAGAGAGAGGGGGAGGAAGAACGAGACAGGGAAACGGAUACACGGGAAAAGAGGAGCCAGAGAGACACAAGAAAGAGAGAGAGAGAGAGAGAGAGAGCGAGACGCUGGAAAGCAAAUUGAGGGCCAUGUUCAGGGCAGCAGUAAAGAAGAGGGAGUCGAAUUUUUAGAACAGAGUGCAAGGAACCGGCAACUGGAUUCCAAGCCUUCAUCCUUCCUUCCUCCUCUUCAUCACCCACUUCUUUCCUCUCCUUCAGCCCUCUCUCAGUCCUGCUCCUCAAUUCACCCCAUUGUUUCCUGUAUUCCACCCUUUCAUACCAUCCUUUCUUUCACCUUCCUCUUCCCCAGUCCCCCCCCACCCCUGCUGCCGCUAUCCUUCCCUCGAGAAGGUCUGGUGACAUUCCCCGGCAAGUGGACAGACUGAAAUCCCCAAACAGUGUCUGUCCGUCUAUCCAUCCCUUCUUCUGCGCAAUCAUCACCGGCGAGAGGAGAGUGCUCUCUCUGCAUCCUCCACACUUGGAAACAACCAUCUGAAGGAUCCCGGCCAGCCCCUUGAAGUGAUCACAUCCCACCUGUGAGCUUCUAUCUCCAGCCUCCAGGACCUUCAAUUGGAUUCCAGCUACAUGGGAAAACGUUUGGAGCAGCAGCCAAUGUACCCCCACUACACCUACUACUACCCCCACUAUCUCCAGACCAAGCAGUCCUAUGCUCCUCAUCCUCCGCCCAUGGCUCCGCCUAGCCCCGGCACCACAGGAGGAGGUGGAGGUGGAGGAGGAGGUCAGGGAGGAGGGCUAGUGGAGCAACUUAGUAAGACCAACCUGUACAUCCGAGGGCUGCCACCUGCCACCACCGACCAAGACCUCAUCAAACUCUGCCAGCCAUAUGGAAAGAUUGUGUCAACAAAGGCCAUCUUGGACAAAAAUACCAAUCAAUGCAAAGGCUAUGGCUUUGUGGACUUUGACAGCCCUGCAGCAGCCCAGAAGGCUGUGGCCUCGCUCAAAGCCAGCGGAGUGCAAGCGCAGAUGGCAAAGCAACAGGAGCAAGACCCCACCAACCUUUACAUAUCCAACCUGCCCGUGUCCAUGGACGAGCAGGAGCUGGAGAACAUGCUGAAGCCUUUUGGUCACGUCAUUUCCACACGGAUACUGAGGGACGCCAAUGGCCUGAGCAGGGGAGUCGGCUUCGCCAGGAUGGAGUCAACAGAGAAAUGUGACGUGGUGAUUCAAAAUUUCAACGGGAAAUUUUUGAAAACCCCUCCAGGCAUGACAGCUCCUGCAGAGCCUUUACUGUGCAAGUUUGCUGAUGGAGGACAGAAGAAAAGGCAGACGCAGGUCAAAUAUCCCCAGAAUGGCCGACCGUGGACACGGGAAGGAGAGAGUGGUAUGGCAUUGACGUAUGAUCCCACAGCAAUGCAGAAUGGGUUCUACUCCUCGCCUUAUAGCAUCUCCACCAACCGGAUAAUGGCUCAGACCCUUCACACACCCUUCAUUGCUGCUUCUCCUGUCUCCACAUAUCAGGUACAGAGUACAUCUUGGAUGCCACAUCAACAGUAUGUUAUGCAACCUACAGGUGCUGUGAUCACCCCAGCCGCCACCAUAGAGCCCAGUUUGUCUCUGCACCCCUCCAGUGUAAUGGCGCCUCUCACCCAGCAGAUGAACCACCUGUCCCUGGGCCCUACAGGCGCUUACAUGCCUGCUGCAGCGGCUGCUCCUAUGCAAGGAACCUACAUUCCCCAGUACACUGCAGUGCCUGCCUCUGCCAUCACAGUGGACGGCGUGGUGACAGACCAAUCUCCGCAGACAGCUGCCCCCUCCUCGCAGGACGCCAGCGGGCAGCAGCCUUUAACAGUGGAGAAUACAGGAGAUCAUGCCACAGCCUACUCUUACCAGCAGACUAAAUAACAAGAUUGGUAGGAAAUCUUUGCUGCAUUGCCUUCAGAAGGACUGCACUGAGGCGCUGGAGACACGGACAGAAUCAAAAUGAAACAGGACAACAAACCAAGGCGACAUGGACAAGACCGAGGAGAGAAUGCUUCCACUGUGCACAGGCACCAAAUAAAAGACAAAAAAAAAAAAAAAAGAUGAAAAAAAAAUCAUUUUUCUUACCUGUUUGAGGCAGAAUGACAAAAAGAAAAAAAAAAGAGAAUGGUUUGCUGAUCGAGAGGACAAUGAAAACAAUCGCAGUCUGCAACUUUCAGUUCAUCAUUUUUCACCUUCAGACUGGACUUUGCCUCCAAAGGAAAAACGACAGAAACCAACUGUACAGUAAAAAAAACAAAACAAAAAAAAAAGAACAUUUGAAUGUGCAGGUAGAUUUUCAGACUUUUAUAUUGAAAAAAUGAAGGAAGAAAAGUCAAGAUAAAAAAAACAACAGGCUGUCUUCCUUUGAUAUUAAGCUACAUUAUUUUCAUUCUUUUAUCAUUUGAGUAGUUUUUUAGAGUAUCAGUGUUUUGGUAAAUCUUUAUUGCCUUAAUUUUCUCAAACUUUGGGAAAAACAAAGUUUCCAUAGUGGUGAAUUUUUUUAAAAAAGAGGCGUGAUUGAAUGAUCCGAGAGAUUCUUGGUGUUCCUGAGAGUUUCAGAGACACGGAAUCUACAAAGCUAUCUGUACAGGAUGAAAAAAUUAGGUUGUAUUUGUUUAAAGAUGAUUUUAAAUUAUGUGGUGCAGUGCAGCUGAUGUUGAGUCAUUAG